CAGUUCCCAGGCAGUGGCCCUGGCCGAAGGUUUCCUCCUGAGUCAGGCAGAGGAGAGAAAGCAGGCAGAGCAGCAGGUGAGAGAGACUUUCCUCUGGAUGUUCCUAAGGGGCUCCAAACAUGAGGGAGAACAUCCCUAAAUCCCAUCCUUUUUUGGAAAGCAUCCAAGGAAUGCCUCUGCCAUUCCUUUUCCAAUACUUCUCCCAAUUCUCUGUUUUAAAUCCUUGUUGCUCUUUCAGGGAAAGGAACUGUUUGCAGAAAAGGGCUUGGAUUCCUCAGAGAGGACUCUGCUGGAAACCAGAGAGAGGCUUUUGGGUGACCGAAUGAUGCCAACAAGACAUGCUCACCCGUCUUUUCAUGGUGCUGGAGGGGAAGCAACGGCUGUGGAACCAGAUCAAGGUCCAGUGUGCUUUGAAGAUGUUGCUGUUCAUUUCACAGAUGAGGAAUGGACGUUGCUGGAUCCUAACGAGAGAACUCUGCAUAAGGAAGUUAUGGAGGAGAAUUGUGAGAUCAUGGACUCUCUCAGUGCUGAUAAAUUGGAAAUUAAGAACAAGGGGGACCACUGCAACAUCUACACUGUGGAGAUGCCAUAUAACUAUAUGGUGUGUGGAGAGAGCUUCAGUCAGAGCUCCCAUUCCACUUCCCAUCAAAGAAAUCUCAUUGGGAAGAAACUCUGUCAGUGCUUGAAAUGUGGAAAGAGCUUCAAUUCCAAGAGGAGUCUCACUUCCCAUCAAAAAACUCAUAGCAGGAAAAAAUCAUACCAGUGCUUGGAAUGUGGAAAAAGCUUCAGUCAAAGCUCCUAUCUCAUUUCCCAUCAAAGAACUCACAGUGGGGAGAGACCAUAUCAUUGCUUGGAAUGUGGAAAGAGCGAAUGUGGAAAGAGCUUCACUUGGAAGGUAAAUCUUACUUCCCAUCAAAGAAUUCAUACAGGGGAGAAACCAUAUCAGUGUUUGGAAUGUGGAAAGAGCUUCACCCAGAAGGAAGGUCUCACUUCCCAUCGAAGAAUUCAUACAGGCAAGAAACCAUAUCAAUGCUUAGAAUGUGGAGAGAGCUUUGCCUGGAAAGUCAGUCUCACUUCCCAUCAAAUAAUUCAUACAGGGGAAAAACCGUAUCAAUGUUUGGAAUGUGGAAAGAGCUUUAGUCGGAACUCUCAUCUCACAUCACAUGAAAGAAUUCACAGAGGGGAAGAGCCAUAUCAGUGCUUGGAAUGUGGAAAGAGCUUCAGUCGGAAGGAUAAUCUCACUUCCCAUCAAAGAAUUCACAGCGGAGAGAAACCCUAUCAGUGCUUGGUAUGUGGAAAGAGCUUUAGUCGGAAAGAAAGUGUCACUUCCCAUCAAAGAAUUCAUACAGGGGAGAAACCAUAUCAAUGUUUGGAAUGUGAAAAGAGCUUCAGUCAGAACACCCAUCUCAUUUCCCAUCAAAGAAUUCAUACAGGGGAGAAACCAUAUCAGUGCUUGGAAUGUGGAAAGAGCUUCAGUAAGAGGGCCCAUCUCACGGCCCAUCAAAGAAUUCACACUGGGGAGAAACCAUAUCAGUGUGUUGAAUGUGGAAACAGCUUCAAUUCCAAGGGUACUCUCGCUUGCCAUCAAAGAAUUCAUACAGGGGAGAAACCAUAUCAGUGCUUGGAAUGUGGAAAGAGAUUCAACCAAAAGGAAAAUCUCACUUCCCAUCAAAGAAUUCAUACAGGGGAGAAACCAUAUCAAUGUUUGGAAUGUGGAAAGAGAUUCAGUCGCAACUCCCAUCGCACUUCCCAUCAAAAAACUCACAGCAGGGAGAAACCAUAUCAAUGUUUGGAAUGUGGAAAGAGAUUCACCUGGAAAGGAAGUCUCACUUCACAUGAAAGAAUUCAUAAAGAGGUGAAACCAUUUAAAUGCUUGUGAUGUGGAAACAACUUCAAUUCCAAGGGGAGUCUUGUGGCCCAUCAAAGAAUUCAUACAGGGGAGAAACCAUAUCAGUGCUUGGAAUGUGGAAAGAGCUUCAGUAAGAGCACUAAGCUUAUGUUAAAUAAUUCACUGAGGGGAGAAUCAUAGAAUUGUAGC